UGAAAGCCGUCGCUUCACGUUUAUAUAAUAUAUAUGAAACGAUUCCAUCAAUUAAUCAUAGCAUUAUUAUUACUAUUAUUCAUUUUUUGCUUAUCUUAUACAAAAGCUUUUUCUCGGUCUCAUAUUCUAAAGAAUUUUACUUUCAUAACACCUAUUCUUAUCAUACUCGCUUUUGGAUUUUAUUUGUUAUCCAUUCUAAUAUAUCAAGUAAUAACAUUUAAUAAUUGCCCGGAAGCAGCUAAAGAGCUAAGAAAACAAAUUCAACAAGCUAGAGAAGAUUUGGGAGAAAAAGGAAUUAAGUUUUGAAUUACUUUAUUUAUAACCAAUAAAAAUUUACAAUAAAUGAGGCAAUUAACUGAACAUGAAACCAAACUUUUAUUUUCUAAACUAUUAAAAUACAUAUCUCCAGAAAGUAUUAAAUUACUUGUAGACAGACCUGACAAGAAACAACACCAUUUUAGACUUAUUAGAGAAAAUCGUGUGUAUUAUAUUAGUGCUGAUAUUACAAAAUUAGCAUCAACUAUCACAAAAACUAAACUUGUAUCAUUAGGUAUAAGAAUGGGUAAAUUUGACAAAUCUUUUAAAUCUUUCAGACUUUCAAUUACUGCAUUAUCAUUAUUAGCUCCAUUAGCAAAAUAUAAAAUAUGGUUAAAACCAUCAUCCUCAAUUCAAAAUCAAUCUUUACAAGGAUUUUUAUAUGGUAAUAAUGUUACAAAAUCAUCCAUAUCCAAGAUGUCAGAAAAUAUCCCAAAAUAUUCUGGUGUUUUUAUAUUUUCCUCUUCUACAAAUGUGAAUUAUGAAAUCCCAUUAGGCUUUGGAGUUGCAUCUAAAUCAACCCAAGAAUCAAGAAGUUCAAAUAAUCCACAAGAUAUUAUAUGCUUUCAUCAAGCUGAUAUUGGGGAAUAUUUGAGACAUGAAAAUGAAUUGUGUUGA